AUGGCCGGUCAAGCCGACAUCUCCAGCAUCCUGGCCGCACUGGCUCAGCGCCCUGCUUCCAACCCUGCUCAACCCCAGCAACAGGGCCCUCCUCCUGGUGCUGUACCUCAAGGCUACCCUCAGAACCUCCCCGCCCAGAUCCCUACCCCCUCACUUGGCGGCUUCCCUCUACCGCAGCCAUCCAGCUCUGGCAGCGUUGACCUGAGCGCAAUCCGUCCCGUCAACACUGGUUCUGUCAGCAUCGCCGAAGCCAUCGCGAAGGCCAAGAGCAUUGCUGCCGAUCGCGGCAUCUCUUACGACAACCGUCCUCAGCAACAAAUCCACCAACAGGCCCCGCGCGCUGACCCUCGUCUCGCCGGCAGAGCCCCGUAUCAACAAUCUAGAUCCCGCUCACGCUCCCCUCCCCGUCGUGAUAACUUCCGCGGCAACUUCAACCCCUAUCGCGAUGAGCGCCGCGACGCAGACCGUAGAGACCGUGGCUACAACAACCGCGACAGAUCUCAUUCUCCUGGUCCCCGUGGAGGGAGAGGAAACUUCUCACCCGGUCCUGGCGCUCGCGGCCCUCGCUCGCCUACUUCGCGCAACGCUCCUACCGACAGCGAUACUAUUUCAGUAAAGUCCGCGCUUGUUGGUCUGAUCAUUGGUCGCAAUGGAGAGAACUUGCGACGCGUCGAGUCCGAGAGCGGUGCUCGCGUCCAGUUCAUCCCAGCCAAGGAGCCCAAUGCUGUCAAUCGUCAAUGCACCAUUACUGGUCCUCCACAGGCCCGCGAAAUAGCAAAGCAGGAAAUCUUCCGUGUCAUGGAUGAGAAUGGUGGUAGCGUGCCCNCCGAGCGCGGUCCCUCUAUGAACCGCCCUCAACAGUCCAUGAUGCAACAGAGGGAUCAACAACCUGCCUUGCGCGAAGGUGAGAACAGUGUUCAAAUCAUGGUUCCCGACAAGACCGUUGGUCUCAUUAUCGGUCGUGGUGGUGAGACUAUUCGUGACCUGCAGGAGCGCAGUGGUUGCCACGUCAAUAUUGUCAGCGAAAACAAGAGCAUCAACGGCAUGCGUCCUGUCAACUUGAUUGGCUCGCCUGAAGCUGCUCGCAUCGCCAAAGAGAUGAUUCUCGAGAUUGUCGAGAGCGAUGUGCGCCCACCCNCCGGUCACCCUGGACACCAACCCGCUCAGCAGGAUUCACGGGCACCAGCAUCCUUUGACCCUUACCGUGGAGGUAUGGGCAACGACCGUGGUGGAAAUGACAAGAUUACCGAAGAGAUAUACGUGCCAUCCGAGGCAGUCGGUAUGAUUAUCGGCAAAGGAGGUGAAACUAUCAAGGACAUGCAAGCCACUACUGGAUGCAAAAUCAACGUCGGCCAACCUGAACAGCCCGACGUUCAGCGCCGCAUAGGUUUGGUAGGUAGCCGCUCUGCCAUCGAUGAGGCAAAGCGCGCUAUCUGGGAGAAGGUCGACACUGUGCAACAACGUGAUCGCAAUGGUGGUGCAAGAGAACAACGUGCUCCUCGUAAUGACUAUGGUGGUAACAACCAAUACUCACAACAGCCUCAGCAGCAAGCUUAUGGACAGAUGCCUAUGGGUGGUGCUGCUCAGGCCAUCUCUGCAUUGCAGGGCAUUUCUUCCACACCUCAGCAAGCGCCUGCAGCUGACCCCAAUGCGGCUGAUCCAUAUGCUCCGUAUGGUGGCUACCAAGCUUACUGUGCUAUGUGGUAUGCUGCUCUUGCCCAGAACGGCCAAGGUGGACAGGGUCAACCCCAACUGCCGCCCCAGUAG